CUAACGAACUUCUCCUUUUUUUGGGGAUCUCUUCCUUUGUUUUAUUUAUCCAAUUCUCACCAAAUCUAAGUUUUGCUUAUGUCACAACUCACAAGCGGAAGGUUGCUCUUCCGUCUCACGUCGCAGGAUGCGGGUGCAAUUUUUACCACAACAAAACAAAACGAUAAAAAUGUAGAGGGAAGGAGUCCGUUGAUUCCAGAGGCGCCAUUUUUAAUUUGUGCUUUUUUUUUGACUUUCCACGGCUUUAAAACGGAAGCGGCUCAUGUACAUAUAAUGGAUCAAGUUAAAAAGAUAGAGGUAGCGGCUGGGAGCCCGGGUCCAUCAGAGAUGGAUGCUUCAAGUUCUAGCAAUUGCUGUUCAUUACAAUUGGUUCAAAAAAUGCAAUCCAUUGUUUUGGAUUCACGUGGAGAGUCUCCCAAUACAGGAUUCACUGAGCAUAGUUUACAAGAUGGGGAUAUUUCACCACAAAUUGCUUCAGAGAUACUCUGGAAAACUGGAACAUAUGAUUAUAAAAUUCCUAAUGGAUUUUACUCAGUUAUCCCAAUUAAAACUUUGAAAGAACAGUUUGAUACCAUUCCAUCUCCUGAAGAAUUGUCUGCAUUGGGUCCAGAGGGUGUGAGAGCUGAUGCUAUUCUUGUGGACUCAGAAAAGGACAUUAAACUUGCAAAGUUGAAGGAGCUUACUGUAGCACUAGUGAAGGGCCUGAGUUCAAACCCAGCAUUAAUAAUAAGGAAGAUUGCUGAAGUGGUUUCUGAUUUCUAUGGAGGACCUGUUUCUGAAGCCGGUGUUGGAAAGUAUUUAAUAGAUGAUGGUGCUUCACUAGCAGAUAGCUUUGAAUUUCAAUUGCUGGGAAAAAUAAAAAAUGGAUUAUGUCGACCUCGAGCAAUGCUAUUUAAAGUACUUGCAGAUGCUGUAGGACUUAGAAGUAAACUUCUUGUGGGAUUACAGGUAUAUGAUAAGGUGAUUCUUCAGGCAGACCCUGAUAGGCAUAUGUCACUUUUGGUUGGACUGAAUUCUACCGAGCUACUGGUUGAUGUCAUGCGCUCUCCCGGGCAGUUAAUACCAUUCUCGGUAAAAUCUCUUAUUAUGCACCAUUUUUCAGGAGCUGUAGAGAGUGACUCAGCAGACUAUGAUUCUUGUGAUUCUCCUUUAGAGCCAAGCAGUCCCAUGUUUGGUGUGUCAGAAAAAUACUACAGUGAAAGUGUAUCAAAAAGCGAACCAGACAUUGCAAACUUUUUCUUGCGUAGGAGCAGGAGGAAAUCCAUUGGUGAAUGUCAUACAACAAAUUCCAGCCCAGAGCAACUCACGGAGCCUGUUUGGGUCCAAAGAAGGCAUAAUUUGGAGGGAGUACGAAGCUUUCCAUCUAGAGUUGUUUGUGCAAUGAAUGAAGCAGUCAAGAGGGAGAGGUGCCAUGCUAAGGGGUUGCAACAUGUGAAUAGAGAUAAGGGUAUCUGUAUUGUGCAAAAUAAUGAAGACAUCCAAGACAAUGAAUCUCAAAGUGUAGCAAUUUCUGGCUCUGCCAACCAAAUAAGCAUGUCUAGUCAAAGAAAGGUUGAGUUUGGUUCCCUUAAGAAUAUUGGAAAAUCAUCUCAGGAGGCUCCACAGUUACCGUCAUGCCCAAUAGAGUAUAAGAGAAGUGUGUCAGCCAGAUCGAGUUCGGUACCAUCAGAGGCAGUUCAAUUGAUUAAAAAACUUGAGUGCAAGUCAUUGUUACCAUUUUCAGAAUGGAAUAUUGAUUCUUCUGAGUUAAAAACUGGGGCUCGUGUUGGCAUUGGUUCCUUCGGAGAAGUAUUCCGUGGUGUGUGGAGAGGAACAGAAGUUGCAAUAAAGAUCUUGCUUGAGCAAGAUUUGACAGUGGAGAAUGUGGAGGAUUUUUGCAAUGAAAUAUCUGUUUUGAGCCGAUUGAGACAUCCAAAUGUCAUAUUAUUUCUUGGAGCUUGCACAACACCGCCUCGUCUUUCAAUGGUUACAGAAUAUAUGCACAUGGGUUCUUUGUAUCACUUAAUACAUACAAGCGGCCAGGGCAAAACACUUAGUUGGAGAAGGAGAUUAAGGAUGCUUUGUGAUAUUUGCAGGGGCAUGAUGUGCAUACAACGAAUGAACAUAGUCCAUCGAGAUCUGAAAAGUGCGAAUUGUCUUGUUGACAAACACUGGAGAGUAAAAAUAUGUGAUUUUGGUCUAUCACGAAUAAUGACCAAUGCCCCUAUCAAGGAUUUGAAUGCUGCUGGAACCCCUGAGUGGAUGGCACCAGAACUUCUACGUAACGAACCCUUCACAGAGAAGUGUGAUGUAUUCAGUUUUGGUGUUAUAAUGUGGGAGCUGUGCACAUUAAAGCGCCCUUGGGACAGUGUGAAGCCAAUGCAAGUGGUUUAUGCUGUUGCCCAUGAAGGGGCAAGGCUGGAUAUUCCUGAUGUCCCAAUCGGGAAGUUGAUCUCAGACUGCUGGGCAGAAGACCCUAAUGCUAGGCCAUACUAUGAGGAAAUUUUUGGACGCCUCCAUGAAUGUGAGCUUUCUUUAAAUUAAAUUGAUUGGACAGAAGAAUGUUUAUAUUAGCCUUGGAAUGAGUUCCAUCAGGCUAGUAAAUUAUCUUUGGUUGAAGGGAAAUUGCAAACUUUUGGCAGUAAUGGGUUCCUGUUCCAUGCUAUAGAUGAAGCAACCAGCAUAGUAAUGAUUUUGAAUCUAGUGCGCUGUUCUUGCAUUGCUCACAUUAGCCAUUUGAAAACAAUUUUCUAAUAUUUGUUGGCUAUAGGGAAAAUCUUUAGUUGUGCCCAUAGAAAUUAUUGCUUAUUUGCAAUUAUGUAGUCCAACAUUCUGAUGCAAUUUAUCCAGCCUAUAGGAUAAAAAAUGUAAUCGUUACCAUGGUGAAAAAUUCUUCAAUAUAUAAAAGAUUAAGUCCCA